AUGAAACCUAAAGAUUUUCUAACUGACAAAGAUGAGAUUUUACAUGAAUAUUCUUUGAUUCCUAUACACUCUGCUUCCCUUUCUCCACCCGUACCAGUGAAUUCUACCAUAGCCGUUGGUUAUGAAAUCUACGUAAUCGGUGGACGCACUACGCGGUCUUCCUCUGUUCGGAUCCUUGAUUGUCGGAGUAACACGUGGCGUGACGCUCCUAACAUGUUGGUAGCUCGUAGGAGUGCAAACUCGGUUCUUCUCGACCAGAAAAUAUUUGUCAUGGGAGGUUGCGGAAAGCCUGACAAUUGGUUUGAGGUUUUCGACAUAAAGACUGAGACAUGGAGCGUCUUGCCAUGUCAUAUCGCUGAUCUCGAUGUUCUAUUUUGGAGAUCUAUUGUGGUAAAUGCUGUUCAAGGAAAGCUUUACGUAGUGGUUGACAGAAAGGAAUACACUUACGAGCCUAAAAGUGGUACAUGGGAAGUUACAGAGAACUCAUAUCAUUUGGUCGGUAGGUGUGUGAUAGAGAAUGUAAUGUACAGUCACAAUUACAAGGGGUAUUUAAUGUGGUAUGACUAUGAAUGUAGAAAGUGGAAAGAGAUCAAGGGGUUGGAGAAAUUGCGUGAUGAGUCUCGUGUAACGGGUAGCAUUAUGCUUAGAAUGGUUAACUAUGGUGGGAAUCUUGUGGUUGUGUGGAGCAAAAGGUACCGCGAAAAAGACCGCGAAAUCUGGAAAACUGAAAUUUGGUGCGCUAAGAUUGCGUUAGAGAAACGCGUUGGAGGUGAGAUUUGGGGUAAGACCGAGUGGCGUAAUACUGUACUUACGGUUCCCGGGUUGUGUGACUGGUUUAGUGGUGUUGCUGUUGUUUCGGUUUGA